ACCACUGGGCUUUGGAUCAAGGAGCAAGAUCACAUGAGGUAGCUGCACCUGCUUUGCAUUAAGAGCUUGGAGAAAUGGGAAGGGUCUUCUUUCAUCUACUUGUGAUUCUAUUGGCCUUUUCUCAACUCACCAUCUUCUCCAAUGCAACUCCUUCCACAAGGCCCGGAAAGCUGCUGCAAGAGACUGGAGAUCUUCCAGCACUUGGUGAUACUUCCAAGAUAAAUAUGGAAGAAGCCAUAUCAGAACUCAUCGGCGGCAGGAUGGAUUUGGAGGUCAGCAACGACUAUCCAGGACCUGGUCCUAACCCUCGCCAUACUCCGAAGCCACCUGGAAGGAGCUGACUGAGAACUUGUUUCAGGAUGAUCUUUCCUCAGGCAGUGUUGCUACUAAUAGUCCCUUACCAUCUAACUACUCAGUAAUAAACUAGUUCAAUGGAAUGGAUGACAACAAGCGAGAGUUGUUAUCGUAAUGCACUCUGGUGUGUGCCGAAGAUGUCCCUAAUUGUAUACUAUGUUCUCGCGCUUUUAUAUGUAUUAGAAUUCUGAGAACGGGAAUUAAGUUAAAGUACGUGAAUGUAACCAUGUCUAUAAUGUAACCUCUUCCAGUAAGUUACAAUUUAGCGCUUCACACUUCCCAUAGCUAA